AUGUUCAGGAACACGUUGUCUCAUAUCACUAAGAGAGGGUACGCCGCGGGCCGCGAACAGCUGCUGCCCAAGAAGUACGGCGGGCGCUACACCGUGACGCUCAUCCCCGGAGACGGUAUUGGCAAGGAAGUGACAGACUCUGUGGUGCAGAUCUUUGAGGCCGAGAACGUUCCGGUUGACUGGGAGUCUGUGGAGCUAUCCGCGCUUGAGGAGAACCACGAGGGCGUGCAGAAGGCCGUUGAGUCGCUCAAGCGCAACAAGGUCGGGUUGAAGGGCAUCUGGCACACGCCUGCAGACCAGACCGGACACGGCUCGUUGAACGUUGCGUUCCGCAAGCAGCUGGACAUCUUUGCUAACGUGGCUCUAUUCAAGUCGUUCCCCGGCGUGAAGACCAAACUGCAGGACGUGGACCUGGUCAUCAUCCGUGAGAACACGGAAGGUGAGUACUCCGGGCUUGAGCACGAGUCUGUUCCGGGUGUCGUCGAGUCGCUGAAGAUCAUGACCAAGGCCAAGUCGGAGCGCAUUGCCCGCUUCGCCUUUGACUUUGCGCUCAAGAACAACCGGAAGGCUGUCUGUGCUGUGCACAAGGCCAACAUCAUGAAACUGGGCGAUGGUCUCUUCAGAAACACCGUUUCGGAGAUCGGUGCCAAGGAGUACCCUGAGGUGAACGUGUCCAGCAUCAUUGUCGACAACGCCUCCAUGCAGGCUGUUGCCAAGCCCCACCAGUUCGACGUGCUUGUGACGCCAAACCUCUACGGCUCCAUCCUGGGUAACAUCGGCGCUGCGCUCAUCGGCGGCCCCGGUCUUGUGCCUGGCGCCAACUUUGGCCGCGAGUACGCCGUCUUCGAGCCUGGCUGCCGCCACGUCGGCCUAGACAUCAAGGGCCAGGAUGUCGCCAACCCAACUGCUAUGAUCUUGUCCUCCACCCUCAUGCUAAGACACCUUGGCCUAAACGAGUACGCAGACCGUAUCUCUAGAGCCACCUACGAAACCAUUGCCGAAGGUAAGAGGACCACGAAGGAUAUUGGCGGUACAGCUACGACCACCGAGUUCACCAACGCUGUCAUCGACAAGCUAGCCACCUUAUGA